UUCGGAAAUCAAGCAGUACCAGGAGCAGAAAAAGGAGGCAGAGAACUUCCAAAAGAAGACACAGGAGCGGGACGAGGCAGUCAUUACUCACAUAUUGUGGAAGCUUUAUCACUUCCAACGUGUUAUGGACGAGUCCAGCGCGAAAAUCCAGGAGCAUCAGGAGCACUUGAAGGAAUUUCGCCGCAAUGUUGACGCUUUUGAGAAGAAGCUCGAAGCUGCGCGGAAGGAGCAGGCCGCCGUGGGCCGCGAGGUCAACAAAGUAGAGAAGAGCAUCAAGGGCAAGGAGAAGAGCAUCGAAGACAGGGAGAAUAGCCUUGUCCCGAUUGUUGAGAAAAUCAAGCAGAGCUCGGAUGACAUGGGCGUGCUCCGGAAAAGGAUGGGCGAUGUCAAGAAGGACCGCGACGACAAAGCGACCAACAUACAGAAGCUGAAAAAGGAUUUGGCCACGUUCGAGAAAGCACAUCAACAGUUCGAGAAGCAAUGGGCCGAGACAUUAAAGAAACAGGGCAAAGAGUUGAGCGACGCAGACCGCAAGGAGUACACCACUCUGCAGGCCGAGGCCAUGAGGAAGACAUCGGAAAACAAGACAAAGCUAGCGAAUCUGGAGCGCCAACUCAAGGGCGAUGAGGCUACAGUAUACAGCCUCAAGGGUAAGAUCGACUAUUUCCAGGUGGCUGUCGAGAAGCUCCAGAGCGAGGUCCAAGCGGUUAAGGAUCGCAGGAACGCCAGCCAAGAUGCAGUCCGCCAGAUUACCAGCGAGAUUGAUGCGAAGAAGAAGGAGUUUAAUAGCGUCCAGUCUGAGCGGAUUCGGAUCAACAACACUCAUACAGAGUUGGAAGAGAAGCUCCGCGACGUGCUGAGGAAACUGGACGACGCGGAUAUGGGGCGGAGACAGAACGAGAAGGAGGCCAGAAUGAGAAACAUGGUAAGCGAUCUCAAGCGCAUCUAUCCGGGCGUCCGCGGGCGGGUCGGAGAGCUCUGCAAGCCGAAGCAAAAGAAAUAUGACGAAGCUGUCAUCACUGCGCUGGGCCGCGACUUUGACGCAGUCGUGGUCGACACCGACAAGACCGCUGUAGAUUGCGUUCAAUACCUGAAAGACCAGCGCUUCUCUCCCCUUACCUUUAUCCCGCUCGACAACAUCAAGGUCAACACGUCCAACCCAGCCGUCAAAGGGAUCUCGGGCGCGCGACUCACCAUUGACACCAUCGAUUUCGAUCCUUCUGUGGAGCGGGCUGUUGCAUACGCCUGCGGCGAUUCUGUGGUCUGCGACAGUCUGGAUGUUGCCAAAGACAUCGUGUACAACAGGAAAAUCCAAGUGAAGGCUGUGACCCUACAGGGCUAUGUGAUCCACAAGGCCGGCACUAUGUCGGGCGGUCGUUUGCCAGAGGACAAAGGAUCGAAGCGACGGUUCGAAGAACACGACGUUCAAAAUCUGCAGCGGUUGGCUGAGAAGUUCCGGGACGAGAUCGCAAAGCUGCCCAGGCCAGGAAGACGAGGCGCGGCUGAGGAGUCUUUGCAGAACGAGAUCGGCGCGCUGGAACAACGGCUCCGUCUGCAGCAGAGCGAGCUCGCUGCCUUCGAGAAGAACCUCAAGAGCAAGCAGAAGGAGCUUGAUCAUGCGAAACGAGAGCUCAAGGGAUACGAGCCAAAGUAUGUGGAGAAGGAAGCCGAGCUCCAGCGGACACGCGCUACCGUCGAGAAGUUCGAAAAGGCCAUCUCAGAUGUCGAGGACAAGAUCUUCACCAGCUUCUGCAAGAGACUCGGAUACGAGAACAUCCGUGCCUAUGAAGCUCAGCAGGGCAGUCUCGAGCAGGAGGCGGCUCAGAAACGCCAGGACUUCGACCUGCAGAAGCAACGCAUCCAAAACAACCUGUCUUGGGAAUCGUCGCAACAUGACGUGGCUAGCGAUCGGCUGCGAGCUAUGGAGGCAGCCUUGCAACGGCACCAGAAGGACGUCGAGGCCUACCAGCAGGAGAAAGAAAAAAUCGAGGAAGCGAUGGCACAAGACCAGGACGAGCUGGAAGCUCUCCAAGAAUCGCUCGAAGAGAUCAAGGCCAGUCACGCCGAAAAGUCCAAGAAGGUGGCCGAUGCGAAACAGGACCUGCAGAAGAAGACCAAGGAGAUUGAGUCCAGGUUGAAGGAAAUCAGCAACCUCGAGGCAACAGUGCAGAAGAACAGCGGUCAGAAAUUCGCCUUACUUAGGCGGUGCAAGCUGGAGCAGGUCCAAUUACCGCUGCAGGAGGGUUCUCUCGACAACAUCCCGAACGAGGAUGUCCUGCUCCAAAAAGACCAGGAUGCAAUGGAUGUGGACGGCGAGGAGGACGAGCACGAGGUGCUGGAGGCGGCAAUGGACGACUACGGCAUUGAGAUUGACUUUGACGGCCUGGACGAUGAUCUCAAGAAUCCCGAUGACGACCACGAAGACAAACUGCAAGAAAGAAUAAACUCACUCACAGCCGAGCUUGAAAAGCUCAAUCCCAACAUGCGCGCCAUGGAGCGCCUGGAGUCCGUGAAGUCGCGCCUCGAAGCCACCGAAAAGGACUUCGAGGACUCCCGGGCCGCCCUCCGCGCUGCGCGGGAAGCCUUCAACGAAGUCAAGCAGAAGCGCUUCGAGCUCUUCAACCGCGCAUUCACACACAUCCAGGAGCAGAUCACACACGUCUACAAAGACCUGACCCGGUCCGACGCCUAUCCCCUCGGCGGCCAAGCCUACCUAGACAUCGAAGAAGAUACCGACACGCCUUACCUGUCCGGGAUCAAAUACCACGCCAUGCCGCCGCUCAAGCGAUUCCGCGACAUGGAGCACCUGUCCGGAGGCGAGAAGACGAUGGCCGCGCUAGCGUUGCUGUUCGCGAUCCACUCUUACCAGCCAAGUCCUUUCUUUGUGCUGGACGAGGUGGAUGCCGCGCUCGAUAAUGCGAACGUCGAGAAGAUCAAAAAGUAUAUCCGCGAACAUGCUGGGCCGGGCAUGCAGUUCAUUGUCAUCAGUCUCAAGCCGACGCUCUUCCAGGACAGUGAGAGCUUGGUCGGGGUGUAUCGCGAUCAGGAGAUGAAUAGUUCGCGGACGUUGACGUUGGAUUAUGUGUGAUGACGCAUUGUUCGCCGCGGGUGGCUAGCAGCAAUCACUGUCUUGGAGAGAGGAAUCCGAGUGGCAUGAAGGGAGGCAGUGCUUUGACUUCACGAACCAACGACGCUUCGAAACGGCGAAUUGG